AUGAGAAAACUUGAGAUGAAAAUCCUGUUCUUGGAGGUCAUGGAGCAAAUGCCUCAAUAUGCAAAAUAUUUGAAGAUUCUCUUGGGAAACAAAAAGAAACUUGAGAGCAAUGUGGUCAAUUUUCCAGAGCAAGUGAGUGCCAUCAUCCAAGGCACACGGGCUAAAAAAGAUAAGGCUAGAGGGCCUUUUGUGCUUCCAAUGACCCUUGGGAAGCUGGAGGCUAAAAGAGCACACGUCGACCUUGGGGCUUCUAUAAGCCUCAUGCCAAUGAAUAUUACUAAGAAUCUUCCCUUUGAGCUCAAGCCCUCCAAAGAACCAUCCAACGUGUCGACCCUAGGGACCAUUGUGGUCCUAGGUGGCUUUAUGGUGCUUGAUAUGGUUGAGGAUCCUUAUAUUCCCCUCAUCCUAAGGAGAGAUGCCUUGAAGACUCUGGGUGCCCUUAUUGAUUGCGAAUCUAAGACUAUUAAUCUUAGGGUCGCCUAG